AAAAAAAUCAUUGAUGUGAUUGAUAACUUGUAGAUUACAUGCCCUACAUGAAAAGCCAAACAGUUCUAUUAAUUAUACAUCUUAUUAUUUAUUGAAAUAUAGUAUCUAAGAUUGUCCUAUUUUUGGCUUUCCUUUUAUCAAUUUCUUAUGGUGCUAUGGCCCUUAUAUUGAGUCUUUUGAGAGAAUAUUAGAAAGACCCACAAGGGAGUGUGUAAAGGGAUGUUUAAUGAUUGGUUAGGCACGUAAAGUUGUAAACCCAAAUUGGUACGAUUUUGGAUUAAUUAGCUAGCAAGGCUUAUUCUCUUCACCAAAUCCUUUUGUCUCAACCUUAUUAAUUACCUUCAACACCAUUUAAGCUGCCAAAUAAGUCUCGAGAGAAUGGGCUCUCUAGCUAACUAGUACUUGUACUGUGUACGUGCGUUGGUUUGCAGGUGCAUUAAUAAUUAUUAAUUUAUAAUUAAUCAUGAGUGGAAGAGUUGGUGAUGAAUUCCAAACGAAGGAAAUAGAAGCAUGUGACCAUUCAGGGAGGCUGCCAUAUAUUCACAAGGUGGGAAAACCUCCCAAGCAAAACCUGCUCAAGGAAAUCACCAAUGUUGUCAAGGAGACAUUCUUUUCAGAUGAUCCUUUGCGUUCUUUCAAAGACAAACCAAAGUCAAAACAGUUGAUGCUCUGUGUCCAAGCAGUUUUCCCUAUCUUUGAUUGGGGUAGGGACUAUAGUCUUGCCAAAUUUAAAGGAGAUCUCAUUUCUGGCCUCACCCUUGCCAGCCUUGUUAUUCCUCAGGAUAUUGGAUAUGCAAAGCUUGCUAAUCUGCCUCCUCAAAAUGGAUUAUAUAGUAGCUUUGUUCCACCUCUUGUCUAUGCUUUCAUGGGAAGCUCAAGAGACAUAGCCAUAGGGCCAGUGGCUGUAGUGUCUCUUUUGCUUGGAGAUCUUCUUCAGGCUGAGAUUGAUCCUAAAGAUGCCAUUCCCUAUAGACGUCUCGCUUUUACAGCUACAUUUUUCGCCGGACUCACUCAAUUGGCACUUGGUUUUUUCAGAUUGGGCUUCUUGAUUGAGUUUCUAUCUCAUGCUGCCAUUGUUGGGUUCAUGGGAGGAGCUGCUAUAACGAUUUCACUUCAGCAGCUCAAAGGUUUGCUUGGUAUACAAAAGAAAUUCACAAAGAAGACUGAUAUUGUCUCUGUUAUGCGCUCAGUCUUCAACUCAGCCCACCAUGGGUGGAACUGGCAAACUAUAGUAAUAGCGGUCACUUUCUUGGCUUUUCUCCUGGCCGCCAAACACAUAGGGAAAAGAAACAAGAAGUAUUUUUGGGUGCCGGCAGUUGCUCCUAUGAUCUCUGUUGUUGUGUCCACUUUUUGUGUUUACAUAACUCGUGCUGAUAAAGAUGGUGUUCAGAUAGUGAACCAUAUUGAAAAGGGCAUAAAUCCAAUCUCAGCUAAUGAUCUAUUCCUCUCUGGAGAAUAUGUUGGUAAAGCCUUUAGGAUAGGCGUUGUGGCUGGUAUCAUAGCGCUAACAGAAGCAAUAGCAAUUGGAAGAACAUUUGCAGCCAUGAAGGACUAUCAGAUUGAUGGCAACAAAGAAAUGGUGGCAUUAGGAACGAUGAACAUUGUUGGUUCUUUGACCUCUUGUUAUGUAACUACAGGAGGGUUUGCUCGGACGGCUGUGAAUAACAUGGCAGGGUGCCACACGGUCGUGUCGAACAUGGUAAUGGCGGGUGUGGUGUUCCUAACGCUACAGCUGAUCACACCGUUAUUCAAGUACACACCCAGCGCUAUCCUUGCAUCCAUCAUCAUUGCUGCGGUGAUAAGCUUGCUUGACUUUGAGGCUGCAAUUCUCAUAUGGAAGAUCGACAAACUAGACUUCCUCGCUUGCAUGGGAGCUUUCUUCGGCGUUGUUUUCAUUUCUGUUGAGAUUGGUUUACUAAUUGCGGUUUCUCUAUCUCUUGCUAAAAUUCUUUUGCAAGUGACGAGACCACGAACUGCCGUACUUGGAAAGCUACCUAUGACUAGUGUGUACAGGAACACCCUGCAAUACCCAGAAGCAAGACAAAUUCCUGGAAUUUUAAUUAUCAGAGUUGAUUCUGCUAUUUACUUUACUAACUCUAACUAUAUUAAACACAGAAUUCUGAGGUGGCUAACUGAGGAAGAAGAGCGAGUGGAUGAAUGUCAUCUACCAAAAAUUCAACAUUUGAUUGUAGAGAUGUCACCUGUUACUGACAUUGAUACCAGUGGCAUCCAUGCUUUGGAAGAAUUAUACAAGAACCUUCAGAAGAGAGAGAUUCAGCUUGGAUUAGCAAAUCCAUGUACAACUGUGAUGGAGAAGCUAUACCAAUCAGAAUUUGCAGAUGAGAUUGGGGAGAGCAACAUCUUUCCCUCCGUCGGAGAUGCUAUUCACACAUUUCAACCCAAAACUAUCAUCACCGAAGAACCUUGACACCAUAAAUUUCAUUAUUUCUCAAGUUCUGUAAAUGUCAUCUGUAUUUUAAUACGAAUUAAUGGUCUUUUUUUACCGUAGGGAAUUGUCAUAAAUAUGGAGCUUUGUCCUUUUUUUCACACCUGUGUAAGAAAUUGUUGCAGUGGUCGAAAAACUAAAAAGUUAAUAAUUAUAUAAAGUGAAACAUGAAAUAUGGAAUUUUAUAAAAAAAAAAAAUUACAAAAAUAUGACAUUUUUAGGUUUGUUAUU